AUGGCGUACCCGGCAACCAGAAUUCAAGGAGAUAAUCCGAUGGACUACGCCGUUCCCUGCAAUCCCUGCACUUCUAUCUACCGGAAACCCACACUCAACCGGCAAACCACUUGCCCAAAGAGCUUCGCUCGCCGCUCCAAUGUAACCAAAUGGCGCAUCAAAACGAUGUCGGAGCUCCAAACGCCGGUGGGUGUCACCGACCGAGCCGGUAGCUACUCUCCUUCAAUUCCCACUCACAAAGUCACCGUUCACGACAGGCAACGAGGUGUCGUCCACCAGUUCCUUGUCCCAGAGGACCAGUACAUAUUGCACACUGCUGAAUCACAGGACAUCACUCUUCCAUUCGCUUGCAGGCACGGUUGUUGUACUAGCUGUGCUGUACGUGUGAAAUCCGGACAACUUAGACAGCCUGAGGCACUAGGGAUCUCUGCUGAAUUGAAAUCAAAGGGGUAUGCACUUCUUUGUGUGGGUUAUCCAUCAUCUGAUCUUGAAGUAGAAACACAGGACGAGGAUGAGGUGUAUUGGCUUCAAUUUGGGAGAUAUUUUGCACGGGGACCAAUUGAAAGAGAUGAUUAUGCAUUGGAGUUAGCGAUGGGCGAUGAAUAAGAAAUGUAGGGAAUUGAUUUUGGACCUAGGAUUUGCCGAGUAAAAUAUGCAGACUCUAUAUUUUUCCCUUCCAAGUACUGUGCAUUUCCAUCUUCACUCCCAUGACAGUCUAGACUUUUAUGCUCCUUUCUCUCCACUGAGUGUAUAUCCUAAGCUAAGUAUGAUUGUAGCGAAGCCUGGAUAAUGUUAUUUCAACCCUCCCGGAUGACCUCAAUGUAAUCGACUCAUAUGCAAUACAAACUACUUUUCUGAUUAAAAGAAUGGCAUGGAUAACUUGUCCAACAUGUCUAUCUACAAUGACAUAGCAUGGAGAAAAUUGAAAUA